AUGGCUACUAGACUAUUCACUAAAAGAUCUUACUGGUUAGCUGCUGCUGCUGCCACAACUGCCACUGCCGCAGUAUCCUUCAAUUACAAUGCUGAUAACAAUCCAUUCAACAGAAACAGUGGUAAUGCUAAGAAAGUUGGUGUUUUGACCUCUGCUGUUGCAGGUUUGAACGUCGCAAUCCCAAAUAAGUCAAAGAGCAUUAAAGAUUACCAAAAUGUCUAUAACGAUAUUGCAGAAAAAAUCAGAGAAGAAGAUGAAUUCGAUAACUAUAUUGGUUACGGUCCAAUCUUGGUUAGAAUUGCUUGGCACUCUUCUGGUACCUUCGAUAAGAACAAUAUGACAGGUGGUUCAUUUGGUGGUACCAUGAGAUUCAAGAAGGAAAUCAAUGAUCCAUCUAAUGCUGGUUUGAAACAAGCUGAUGAAUUCUUGGCUCCAAUUUAUAAGAAACAUUCAUGGAUUUCUCAUGGUGAUUUAUACACUUUAGCAGGUGUCACUGCAGUUCAAGAAGCACAAGGUCCAAAGAUCCCAUGGAGACCAGGUAGAGUUGAUCAACCAGAAAACACAACCCCAGAAAACGGUAGAUUACCAGACGCUACCGGUGACUCAAGCUAUGUUAGAAAUUACUUUGGUAGAUUUGGCUUCAAUGAUACUGAAAUUGUUGCAUUGAUUGGUGCCCAUUGUUUAGGUAAGACUCAUUUGGAAAACUCAGGAUUUGAAGGUCCAUGGGGUGCUGCUAGCAAUGUUUUCUCCAAUGAAUUCUUUGUAAACUUACUAAAUGAAAACUGGAAACUACAAAAGAAUGCAGCUGGUAACGAACAAUACGAUUCUCCAAAGGGUUACAUGAUGCUACCAGCUGAUUUCGCAUUAAGACAAGACAACAAGUUCUUAAAGUUGGUCAAAGCUUAUGCCAACGACCAAGAUCUAUUCUUCAACGAUUUCGCUAAAGCAUACGUCAAAUUAUUAGAAUCUGGUAUCCACUUCCCAGCUGAUCAAAAACCAUUCAUCUUCAAGACUUUAGAUGAACAAGAAUAG